CUGAGCGGUUAUCGGAGUGCUGCCAUCACCAUCAUUGUUGUGUUGUUUCUUGGCGAGCCCGAAAAGAGAAUAAAACAAACCGAGAAUUAGAGGCUUGUUGCGGAAAGCCAAAGAAAACGUUUUAUUAGGCAACCGUAGUCCCGGUCCCCCGUUAAUCCCGCGUCGAAUGGCCACGACCCGGUGGCUGUGACCCGUCGCCUGCGUCGCUAUCCCAAACCACUGGCAGAUAGUGUGCCGAGGGCAAAAAUUUACGGAAAAUCGAGUGUAAAGUGCAAUUAAAUAAAAGUGGCCAAUGUACAAAGCAGGCGGCUGUGUCUAAUAUGAUCUCUCCGGAGCAGGAGCACGUCAACCUGGCGCUGGACCGCCAGGUUCGCCAGAACAUCCAUGACAUGAUGCGAGAAGCUAAUGUCCAGGCUAGCAUGCUGGACAGCGAAGUUUCAGGACGCAACCGCUUCGAGUCUGAAUGCAGCGACGACAUAAAUGCCGAAGGCAGUAUUGCCGUGAUGGAGGCCUUGUCCGGCGAUGGCCUGAUGGAGGAUGACAACUCCACCGACCAGGUGGUGGUGGUGGCGGCGGCGGAGGAUAGCAUUAACGAUGUGCAGAACUACCACGACAUGAUGGUGGAGGCUGAUCAGAACAGCAACUGCGGCUCAAGCCGCAAGCGUCGAGGCAACUUGCCCAAGCACUCGGUGAAGAUCCUCAAGCGUUGGCUCUACGAUCAUCGCUACAAUGCCUAUCCCAGUGAUGCGGAGAAGUUCACCUUGUCGCAGGAUGCCGGCCUGACGGUGCUGCAGGUGUGCAAUUGGUUCAUCAAUGCACGUCGCCGCAUCCUGCCCGAAAUGAUACGCCGCGAGGGCAAUGAUCCGCUGCACUUUACCAUUUCGCGUCGCGGCAAAAAGGUCAGUCCAAACUCCUCUGGGUCGAGCGUUGCUGGCGGUCAGGGAAUGAAUGUGUCAGGGACUCUGGAUCCCAUUUCCGUUAGUCCCGUCUCCGAAGUGGUCGUUGGUGCCACCGAGGAGGUAGAUGGCGCCGCCGGCGAGAUGCACGAGGGCAUUGCCAACGUCUUGACCAAUUUCGAUCAGUAUGUCCAGGGACCCAACGGUCAGAUGGUCAAGAUGGAGCCAGAAUACGACGACAGCGUCAUAUACAGUUGGCAGCAGGCAAUUGCAAACAACCCGAUGGGCUUCCAAAGUCUCCAUGCGUCGCUGCAGGCAACCAUGAUCGAAAAGAUCCAGAAUUAUCAAAUGCGCAAGGCAGCAGCGGCCCUUGGUGGUGGUGGCAGUACUAGUGCCGGUUCCACCUGCAGCUCUGCCGGUUCCAUAAUUCCAUACAACUUCGAUGAUGAUGAUGAUGAGGAUAAGCCGAGUCCGGCGAAGCGUGGAAAAAAGAAGCAAACGGCGGCAACCGGCAAGACGGCUGGAACAAAGUCCAAGCAGUCGAAGCAGCUGGGGUCUGAAAUCAAGCAGGAGGUCAAGAAAACUAAGGCUGUGUACUGUUACCAGGACGAAUUUGGCAGCUUCGUGAUGGCCUCUAGAUCCGAGACGGACGAGAGCACCCAGGAAUUUGAGCAGCGUAGCGAGGAGGGUCGCUUCGAGACCGACGACUGGCAGAGCGUGAUGAAAUCUGUUUUCACCACUGAAGAGGUGACCACCACUAACACUGCCACAACCAACACUGCCAAUGAAGGCGUCACAUCUGGAACUACAUCUGCCAAUACUUCAUCGUGGAAUCCCAACCAGCAGAUGGCCACGGGGGAUGCCGGCCCCCUAGAGCCCUUGUACGAGGCCACAGUCAUUCCUGGCCCAACUCAGCCGGAAGUUAGGGAAAAUCUACAGACGGAGGAAGUCUUUGCCAUUACAGACAUCGAAAAUACCGCCGAACAAACAUCGCCAGCGCCAUCGCAAAGCCUCAGCCGAGAGGAGCGCGACAACUACAAGUGUCUGUAUUACCUCGUGGAAACUGCCAUGGCUGUGCGCCAAAAUGAUACGGGCGAAGACGACGACGACAUGCCUGUAAAUAUUUUUUAGAAAUUUCCAACUGGAAUGCUGCAGGUUCUGAUCCCGGUGCCAGAGCCAAUACCUUGUUAUUAUGUUAAUAGACAGAUCGUGAGAAAGAUGUAGGUUAUUUAAACUUAAAUGUACAAAGCACUAGAUCAAUUGAGUAAGAAUGCAAUCGCAAGUCGCAUAUUUAUCAAGUCAAUUCAAAGGGAAAACGAUGCAUCACUUGCUGGUUCUUGAUUUUAUCCUAAACUCUAUGCGAUUGCGUGAACUGUUAAGUAAAAUAAACCAAAUACUUGUGCAUUUGCAACACCUGCGCCAUACAAAGCAAA